AGUUUGUAUGCGAUGAGGGCUACGUCAUCAAGGGAUCUCAAGUGAUGAAAUGUUUAAAGAAACUAAAGUGGAAAUUUGAUAUGCCAUCUUGUAAAGCUAUAACGUGCCCUGAUCUGGUGCUUCCUGACAACCUGGUUAUUGUAAAAGGUUCAACCACAACAAACAUAUAUGGCAAUACUAUAGUAUUUGCAUGUGAUGAUGAUAUGUAUAAACUAGUUGGAGAAUCAACAAUGACAUGUACAGGGAAUGGUCCAAAGGGAAUCUGGAGUUCACAGUUACCUUCUUGCAAAGAAAAGGCAUGCCUUGGAGAUUAUAACUGUUCGAUACAUGGUGAGUGUGUGGGAGGACAGUGUGAGUGUGAUCAAGGAUGGCUAGGAAGACAAUGUACUGAGCCAGACUGCAGCCAACAAAAUAACUGUUAUGAUCAUGGUGCAUGCAUCAAGCCAAAUGUCUGCAAGUGUAGAGCUGGGUGGUCGGGAGAAUCAUGUGAGAUCAACCAAUGUCUCAAGAAUCAUCACACAUGUCAGACAUGUGUAGAGGAUUAUGCCUGUGGGUGGUCAGGUGGACCAAAUCCAGAAUGCUUCCCAGGUGACCCAACCCAACCUGACACCACACUUGUGGCUGGGCCAUGGUUUUAUUGGAACUGUGUAACAAUUGAGAAAAGUACAGGCUGUUCUCCAGAAAUAAAGGCUGCCCCCUGCUCAGAACGAUGUGACAACACAAAGGAUACCUAUAAAGGAAUGUUUUGCCAACAAUGCAGGGACUUUGAGAAAUGUUUCAACAUGGACACAAACUUUGCAAGUUUAACCAUCAAUAUUUCUAUUACAUAUUCUGAACACAUUAAUUUUGACAAACGAUGAAAUAAUCAUAAAUUAAG